AUGAACCGCAAGAAAACUAUCGACUACACUGUCACACGAAGGCCAAGAGACUCAUACGGUCCGUCAAGUUCCUCUAAACCUCGGACGGAGAGCCGAGAUCAACGAGGUCGAGGAGAUGGCGACCGAGACAAGAAACCAUUUUGGAAGGAUGACAAGAAUGUGGUGAGUCUUUGUAGGAAAAUGAACAACCAGCCGGAAAAGCCGUCUUAUAUAAAUGACAACUAUAAAGAUAUUUAUUCAUUCGCUUGCACAAAAUAUGAAGUCAGCGUAAAAUAUUUUGUCUUUGCUCUGACUUCCUGAAACUUUGCUGCAUGUGACAAAAGAGCUUUAAUACCUCUUAAUUUUCAUCUCACUGCCGUUUUUUGCAGCACAAUACCACAGCAUGAAAAGUAAAAAAAGGAAAAAGCCAAAGAAAUGAAAACGAAAAAAAAAACUGUACCUCUUUGUUCUCUGUAUUCCACUAAACUGUCAAGUCUCCAGGGUCUUAUGAAACAAGGCCCAUAAGUCAUGAAGAUAACAGCUAAUUUGAGGUGUAUAAGCAUACUGAUCAUUACUGUUUUUACUUGGUCUUAAGCCUUGAAGGUAACAGCUGACUUAAGUUCUCACACCAUACACAGAUCAAAAUAUGGGUAUGAAUCACCAGAAAAAUAGCCAUGAAUAUAUUAACCAAUAUAUGACUGUAAAGUCAUUUGGAUAAAUAGGUCAAAAUCUUAGUGGUUCUAAAAGAACAUAUAAAUAUAUAGUAUCAAAAUUACAAACGAGAAACUGAGAGAUUUAUAAAUCUGUUUGUUAUUGGAUGAAUUUGUACCUUUGAGUAUAACAUUUUACACACCUUGCCAAAGUUAACUGUCUAAUAGCGCGUGAAGAAAUAUAAGAAAAUUGCUUUGUCCAAAGAGCAAGGUGUUUUUUUGAUUACUUGCCAGUGAAGGAAGUUGUUUUGAAAACACACUUCCUUAAAGCAAUGUUUAUUUUUAAAGAGAGAUCAAAAUUAAUAACUUGCAAUCCAAAGAGCACAAUAUAUAACAGUAAUUUUGUUUGGACCCUGUGUUUUGUCUAAUACCCACCCCUCUCUUUAUCCUCUUAUUUCCUGCUGGAAGUUAAGUCGGAAGUCACUGGCUUUUAUGGUUUCGUUUUCUCUGUUGUGCUCAUUUUGCUGAUACCCUUGCCAUAAAUAGCCUGUCAUUUUGUACUCGUCAACAAACUCACCCUGAUACACUUUUCAUACUAAAUUGCAUGCUGUAUUUAAGUAAGUCUGUUGGGAGUCCCAAACCUCUAACCUGUGACAUCCAAGAUGCUCACCUCUUGAGCUUUCUGUGAAAGUUAAGACCUCUUUGUCACCCAAGGGCAAAGUGCGUUUCUAGGGGCGACCAAGUUGCUGUAUAGCAUAACCUGGUUAGGGUACCACAUUGGUAUUUGAAGGUUAACAAUAUCAAUACUAAUCUUUCAGGAUAAUUGUAACAGGGACUUUGUUACAAGUGAUAUCUAUGGUUUUGCUCUGCCAACAUUGCCUUUUGUUUCUCCUUAUUACACUGUAAGUCAAAAAUACCUGAUUUGUGCCUACUAUACAUGGACAUUGCUAAAACAUUAAAUGUUUUAUCAUCCUCUUCAUUGUGUACACCAUUACAGGUUCCAAAGAAAGUAAAAUUUCCAGCUUGCCCCAGAGCAAGUUGUACCCUGUAAGUUAGGGGUGUCAGAAAGUUUUGAAGUAGACAGCUGAGUUGUCAAAGUUAGCGGCCAGUCCAGGGCUAUUUUAUUUACAAAAUGCCAUCCGUAAAGGAAUGCCAAGCAGAGUAGCCAGCUGAUACUAACCAAGUAGGUGGUGAUUUUUGCUGGCAGCCAGCUACUUUUGACAACCCUGCUGUAAGUGGGAUGUACCAGACAGUAACAUUUUCACCAGCAGGAGUAAUUAUUGCUGCAUGCUGUCUGGUAAGCCACACAGUACUGGGCUCUUUAUUAUCUGUGCCAGAUUGCAAAUUUUUGGGAAAAAAAACAAUAUUUGCAUUGCUUAGAUACAAACAUGUAAAAGUGAGAACAAACAAGUUGACAAAUCAGCAACAACUUUUAUUGUGUAUAUAAUAAUAGUAGAAGGACAGGUCAAGAUUGUUAAUGGUGAAUCGUUGACUUAAAAGGGUUCUCCCCUUAUCAUCUGCCGUGUUUUUUUCCCCAAAGUUUCAUAUAGAGACAAUCAUGGACAAAGAAAGAUUCAUGCUCAUUGUGAAAUUAGUCAUAAAUAUUGCAGGAUCAAGCAUCUGAAUGAUUUGCAACCUGCCUUCUACUUUCUAUUAGAAACCUUUAGUAAUAAUCAGUUAAACCCUCACUAGCACGACCCCUGUAAGUAUUGAUGGCCCUCUGUAAGUAUUGUUCCUAGUAGAAAGAUAAUUAAUAUGGUACCUGCUUAAUAACAUAAGGUGUUUUUACAGAUACACGUAUCUGCCAGUAUUGUCCAGUAUAUUUUACUGAAGUCAUAAGCUAAAAGAUUCUACUGAACAGUUUUAACUUCCAUGUAGAAAGGAAAAAAGCAGAGAAUUUUUACUUUUACAAGACCCUUUGAGGUUUUUAGCACUAAUUUUAACAAAGGCCAAAAAAAUCUUUGUUACACCUUUUUGUUAAGCACACACCAAAACAACCUCGUUCCCAGGGUUCUCUCCUACCCGCCCUAUGGAGCAAGAGAAGAGAGACCUUGGAAAUUGCUGGUCACAUGGCUCCAAAAGAAAAUUAAUUCUGAGGGAGGAGUCCUUUGUCACACAUUUUUUUUGUCUGGUUUAUUUGCAACGUUCACGCGGUGGUCGCAGCAGUAAGAUAGAUUUGCUAACCCUACUACAACUAUGACUGAAACUAAGGGAAAUUUCUGCCUAAACUAAACUAUUAGAUAAACAAGUGAAUUACCAGAGAAGGAAUUAAAAACUAGCGUUGUCGCCAGUUUAACCGAUGACACCAAAAAAUCCACAAUCUUGAGUUAUGCUUUGAAGGUAAAAUCCCUGCAUGUUGAACUUCUAUAUAAAAGUUUCAAUGUUCAUGUGACAGCGGCUGGUAAUCCGGCCAAAUAAACCUACACCAUUUGCGGUCUUAGCAGUUCAGAGGUGACAAACCCUUGGGACAAAACAAAACAUGGCAGUUACAUUGAGAGAAAAGAAUUCAGUUAAUACACCUACGAUCAAAGUAAUAUUUUAGAUCUAGUGACUUCACUUAAAGCUAUAGCCUAAGAUGUCAGCUUUUUCUACCCCCUAACCUUUGUUGUGAUGCGGCAAUAGAAAAGUGGUAAAUAGAUCAAAGAUAAAAAUAUUUAUAUACUAACGCGACAUGGAAGACAACAGGAAAUAAUAUAAACAGAGACAAAACAGACAACAUAACCUGCAUAAUAGUAGUUAUGAAAACACAUACAGAUACUGUACAUUUGUUUUCUAAAGUGGCCUCCACAACAUAGAAAAGGCAAUUCAAAUCUAGUGCGUUUCAGUAUGAAUACUACUACCAGGAUACCUAAAUUAUUUUUUACUGCACAAACGGUGAAUCCUCCGCGAUUUCCGUUGCAUGUGCCAAAUGAAAGCAUUGCUGAUAAACAUCUGAUUAACAUCCAGAUAUUUUGCAGGAAGUUAUGCUUUCGCUGAUCAGGUCAGGUACACAGUUUCAUGGCUACAUUGACCUGUCUACGCUCUGUAGAGACAAAUCUCACACUUACCUGCCCCUCCCCGGAAUCGUUUGUUUGUAAUCUCCCAGAUUCUAGGAGACAUGUGACCAGCAUUCUCCAGGGUCUCUCUCUCUCUUGCGCUUCAUAGGGCGGGUAGGAGAGAACCCUGGGAGCGAGGUUGACACUAAAAUUAUUGGCUUUAUUAAAAAAUUGUCCUGAGAGGCGGUCAUGAGAGGACUAAUUGGUAGCUUAUGCAAUGUUUACAAUGUAUGUUAAGGGCAAUGUACAAAGGCAAGAAUGAAUAAGACCAUUUGCAUGGGUGUCAUGCCUUAAAUAUUCUUUCCAACAUCCAGCAUAACUAUGAGGCAGAAUUCUUUGUGCAACUUAUCGUUUGAAUUUGGAUGCAGUCCGCAACAAUUCAAUUUGAGGAAGUUUUGUUUACAAGUUGAGCACACUGUUCUCCUGUUAGGGCUUGUCUUCAUUGUGAGAGACUGCCCUAAAGUAACUAAUCAAACUAAUGGUACCCUUUAUUUGUCUGCUAUCUUUAAUGUUGGUUCUGUCAAAGGCUGGGCUAUCUUUCCCCUCCCACAUCCACUCGUUGGAUAACCCAUUUGCCAUAGCUAACUUUCAAGUGUAAUGUAACAAACAGUUGUUUUUAAUGUUCAUGUAAUUUACUCAUCAGUUAAAGUUGUCAUGAUCAAUUUGUUUUUUAAAGAUCUGGUUUAGUAAGCAGUAUUCACCUCCCUUUCCAGUAAAAUAUUGCACCCAUAUACUUAAGCUUCUUACAGUAGGCUACAAGUGUUUAUUACCAAACAUCCAAUCCAGUUCUCCUUUAUAAGGAAAAUAAACCGAAGGAUAUUACAGCAAGUCAACAAAAGAAAAUUACCAACUUUAACAGGUCUGAUGGCUAUUCCUAUUCCUAUAGAGAUUUUUCGCUUUUGCCCAUCCGUUUGUCAAUUUGAAGUACUAAAGUCAUAUGUUAAUAAUUGUCUUGUCAAAGCUUUUUCUAACCACUCAUUGAUCCAAGAAGUUUCUACCUGAAAGUUCUUUACCAGUGGCAGAUGGAAACCUGAGAAGUUUAUUUUGAUGCUAAUAAACUGAAGCAAUUUUAUCAGAAACUACUGAGGAGGCCUUGGCAAAAACCUAUACAUUUUUUGGUGCAGUAGGUUCAUCUAAGACUAUCAAGCAGAUGUCUGGUAGUUUUGACAAACACAGCUGUUUUUCAAGACUGUCCUUUGUAACAUGGAGAUGACAGGGUCCUGAAAAAUCGUUCAUCCAAUUAACAUCCUCCUGAAAGAGAAAGAUUCGCUGUCCAAGAUGAGCUGUGCUAUGCUGCCCAUUGGGAAACAAGCAAGUCUUAAUAUAGUAACAGAAUAUAUUUUGAUCUGCACUAUGGAAAGUCAGGAUCUACAUAUUUUUGCGCAACCAUUCAAGUCACCAGAUGUUUAAAGGGUAUGUUGUUGGAUUGCUUACCUUUCAUUGUCAGAAAUGACAUCCAUUAAACUUUUUUAACUUUCUGUGGUAAUCAUUUGAUUUUUCAUUCCUAAUCUGUUUAGGUUUGGGCUUUUAGUUGUGGCAUGCAGUAGUAGCAAAAUACCGUAAAAUCCCAUGUUAAAGCCCUGGCCCCGGUUGUUCAAACGUCGGAUAGCGCUAUCCAACGUUUGAACAACCUGGGCCUGGGCUUUAACCUUCAUAAGGGGUUUUGGGUUGGCUUGUAACUAGAGGGGGUUGUAUCCGGGGGGGCACAUAAGUGGAAUAAAAAACAUGUCUCGGAAUGACGAGAUAAAACGUUUCUUAGAAAUGAAUUAAAGCAAACGCACCAUUACAUGUAGAGUUACAUUCAUAAUACAUUAAUAAUUAAUAAUUAUUGUGCGUCACAAUAAACCGAUUAUGUAUUUCAAAAACAUCUAUAAAACACCUAUGCAAGUGGAAAAACCGGAAUGGAACAGAACAAAAGUAAAAAAAACUACAAGCCUUAACGUUAUUAGCCUGCGAAGCGCAGACGCAUUUCCGGUCGUCGCUUCUCUCCCUCCGAAAAAUAGCGUCUGCGAACCCGAGCGGCAAAACGAUUUCCGUGGCGUAAAACCUUUUUAGCCAAUCACGGUUUAGCUCUUAAAAUCAAGGAACUAACUCGCGAGACUUCUCGCAGGAUCGUGCGCGGUGGAUAUGUUUUCAAGUCGAAAUUGAAAGGACGACGUGGCUUUUUUUUAGCCGUCCUUUUACGCCGCGUUUACGAAAGUUAAUUUGCCAGGAUUGUGGCACUGAUUGACGAAAUAAGUAUCAAGAGGAUUCAUAUCGAAGAAAAGAUUAGAGGACAAUUUCCAUCUAUUUGCCUACGGAGUCAUUGAUUUAUCACACCUUGUUGUUUUGAUCAUAUUCGAAACGAUAAAUGUCCUAAUGACAGAAGACGCAUCAUGCCGUUUGUUGCUUCUGUUCCUCUCUGGUUCCUGACAGGAAAGUGUGCCUUGGAGAACUCUUCGAUAGUUUGUCGUGUGCCGCUUUAGAUAUUUUUAGUAGAUAUCCUUUAUCUUUGAAAGGUAGGACAUGUGGUAAUUGAUUUUCCAUGCGUGGUUGCUUCUUGGUUCAGAUAGAACUUUGAUCAGAUCGAAAGCAUUUUAUAUUUGUUCCGGUAUAUUUCUUUGAGUACAUGUUCUUUUCAAGGUUCUCAUUUCCAUAGUUUUUUGUGAGAUGAGUCGAAGCGUCGUAGCUGAAAUGUCAUUUUGACUAUGAUCUAUUUACUGCUGUAACUAUUUAUUUCACGCUGGGUCUGGCCCAGGUUUAUAAUAUUUCAGAUCAUUGUGUUGUGGCGAUACUAGAAUUAUUAACGAGCGAUUGUUAGAGAUUUCUGAAUCAGUCAAGGAUGUGUCUGUAUAAUUGAUUCACCACCUUUUGUCAGCGCUGGUUAAAUUGAAAUAAAUAAGUCUGAGCGCGAUGUCAUUAAGCUAUGUUGCUUUCCUUUCGCUGUAGCGAUUAUUUGGUUCAGGUUUUGUUUAUGUCACGCACUACCGUCUUUUAUAAAGCGAAACCAAAGGCCCACAUCACAUACAUAGCUUAAGAAGCCGUUGCUUCAUAAAGAAGUCACCAUUCAAUGUGGCAGGAAACCUUCUUAUGGUCGUGAAAUUCACGUUCCAAAGCGUAUUUGGUAAUUCUCGCCAAAAUCCAAGACACUUCAGCGCGCGAGGUCGCGAGGAGUCACUCGAGCUGUAUUCUAUCCUUUGAUUUGAUUGGCCUACAUCAAAACAAAAGGUUUUACGUCACGGAAAUCGUUUUGCCGCUCGGGUUCGCAGACGCUAUUUUUCGUAGGGAGAGAAGCGACGACCGGAAAUGCGUCUGCGCUUCGCGGGCUAUAACGUUAUCAAUUUGCUUGUUUGCCGUGAAACGGUCCUUUUGGUAGUAUUAACAAAGUUCAUAUUUGUAUUUCAAUGUUCAGAACAGUUUCAUAGUUCCAAUUCAAGUGGCUACUGAGUUGAACAGUUGUGUUGGAAAUGAACAGUGGAACAGAACUCUUAGUGUUAUUAUAUGCAUGAACAUUUGUUUCUUUCUUUGGAAUCAAUAUAAAUUGUCCUAAACUCCACAGUCAUUUGUUUAUGCCUAUAACCUUAGAUUAAAAAUUUUGAUGUUUGUAAAGAAGCGCAAAAGGAGCGCAUUUAUAAUUAUACAUUAGAUGGGCUUAUAAACAGGUGAGCUAAUAAUAUCUAAUAAUAUCGGAAUAAUAUCUUUGUUAGCAAAUGGAUGGGCUUAUAUCCGGGGGGGAGGGGGGGGGGCUUUAAUGUGGGAUUUUACGGUAGUAGCUUUCCAGUGCAAUGAACGCGAAGUGCAUGCAGGAAAGGUGCACACAUGCUAACAGGUGCAAUUCAAUCAGGAAGGGGUUCAAGCUUGUGGUGUACCACUUUUCAUUAAGGAUGGUGCAUUGGAUUGGCUUCAGUUUAAAUUUAAUACUGCAAGAUGAGCUGUGCUAUGCUGCCAUUUGGGGCUUUGCUAUAAGCAUAAGGUAACAGUGUAUAAGCAUCCUUCAGUAACCAUCUCCAGAGUAAAACAUGAAGAAUCAGCUAUAAAGAACAAUUCCUCAAUGGUAGUGACUUAUCAUCAAGGUCUAUCAAUUUGAUGAGGUUGUCACUGACCUUUUCAAUUACUUGAUAUUCAGAGUUCUCUCAAUUCUGCCAUUUUCAGACUACAUGUUAGCCCGGGGGGCGGGUUGCAAUCUGCAAUUUACACCCCAAAGCGAGAUGGCAAGUAUCCCCAUUACUUUUACAUGGGAGUCCCCCCAUCCCCCUGGGUAUGUUAGGCUCCCUACAAGGUUAGGAUUGUCAAAUUUUCUCUUUUCAGCUUUUAUGUUUAGGUUGGGUUGUCAGUUUAUCCCUGGGUGUUAUUUAAACCAAUCCAAUCCAAUCCACCAGACUUGUAAUGAGUUUGGGCUACCUUCUCUGGACCUUAUGUAGGAGGUCAUGUAAUGUAAGUUCCAAAAGUUCCCUCACUGCAGUGAAACUGUGAUGUUCUUUACAGUUUUAGCAGUUGUUUUGGUUCUUAAGGUCACGGUAUAUAUUCUUUAUUUGUUACAUAGGCAGUUUUUUCUUCUUUUAAGGUAACAGAUGAGUUGGAGAUUACAGGCCUGCCAAUCCUGAAAAAGAAAAAUCUUGAAUUUGACCUUAAAAUGUGGAGAUUCUUGAAGAAUAAAUUGGAUACUACUUUUGUUACUUUUCAUUGGGUCUGAGAGUGCAAGUUUACCUUACAACAUAGCUAGCUAUAUAAUAGAAUGGUUACCAGAAGAGCAGUCACUGUAAGGGUGAGUCAUAAAGAAAGUUAUGUGACUCUCAGCAAAAUCCUGAGAGUUGGCAGGUCUGUGGUCACACUCACAAAUUGUGAUAGCUUGGCUGAAGUACUGCCACUGUGGUCCUUGUUAUGUAUUGUUUACCCCACUCUAAUAAUCAGUAUCACCUAUGUAUGAUUACUAUUACGAUUGUUAUAAUAUCUGGUGACUAUGGAUUAAUGGGUUUAUUGGCAUCACAUUUAACUAUUGAAAGUCAGUUUCUUUUUAACUUAUCUCCUUUUGUUUCUUUGCUGACUUUGAACUUCUCUUCUUCUUUCAGGACUUUUAAAAUGUAUUGUUCAGAUUAUAAUGGCAAGAUAAGGAUACAGACUGUAUACAAAGCACAAUGUUAAUGAACAAUUUGGGAAUAUGGUUGAUCAGUUGACCUCUAUAUUUCCCUUAUAUGAGCAACUGUUAUAGGUUAUUUUAUUGUUUACUUCUCAUGCUUCGAGGUAUUUCUUGCAUUUUCAAAUUUCAGUUUUAGUAAUGUCAGUAGGCAAGCAUUUUCGACUUUUUUUAUUCUUUAAUGACUACUUAAUUCAGUGGUGAGCAUAAUCUUAGUCUGGAAUUCCAAAAGAUAUACUAGUGGCUCAGUACCGCUUAGGAACCUGCAUUUGUUGAAUGUGGAAAAAAGUGCUGUACUUCGUUCAACAGGAUGACAGGUGUAAACAUCUUAUGAGAGACCUUACACUUUGUUUGCCAGUAACUCCAGUUUUUAUAUAGUGAAUUUGCCUGCCCUAAUUUCUCUCCCCAAGGGUGAAUACAUGCUUACACAUAAUUACGUCCAUGAAAGAAACCUUCUGAAAGUUGCCCAUUACAUUUGGCUGAGAGCUCCUUUAAAACUUAAGCAGACACCCUGGUGGGGUAGAAAAGGUGAGAUUUGGUGGGGACCAGAAUUGGUAAUGCACAUAAAAUACUUGAGCUCUUCUUUUCUCAAAACAUCAAGAAACAACUUUGACAAACAAGGGAAAUGUACUUUGCUUCCCACUAAACUAGGAGCUUUUUUGUUCUUUUCAUUGUUUUGGUGAACCGUUAAAGAGGCAACUAUUUUUCAAGAAAUUUUAAUUCUUUUGAAACUUUUUUUCAGGGAAAUGAAUCAAAUUACAGCACUUUAGAGCAAUUGCAACGAGAGGCUGUUUUGAAGGAUCUACAAGAAGAAAUAUCAAGAUCUGUCCUUUCUCAAGAAAGUUUGUUAUUGUCUGGGCGAGAUAAUAGGGACAGUUAUUCAAGAGAUAAAGUCAGAGGUCCAAUUUUAGAUGAGUUUUCAGAAGAUGCACGUGACUACCGCAGCUCAAAAUCCAUUAGGAAUGACUAUAGGGACAGUAGAGACCAGCAGCUAAGAAAGCAUGAUGACAGUCGCUCAAGAAAAAGGAGUUACAGCCCUGCAGAUGACAGGUCAUCCUCUUCCUACAGAAAGAGUAGAGAGGACACCCCAACAAAGCGUAGUCGCAGUACAACUUCUGGCAGCCGCCAUGAUAGUGAUGAUGAUUUACGAAAUGUACUAAAACAGUACCAAAAGAGUAAAUGGGAAGAUGAAGAUGUCAGUAAGGACAGAACACGAUAUAACAGCAAGGACUUUGUCAGUAAAGUUGAUGGCAAAAGAAACAAAGAAAGCCUUGGGGUGUCCUCUUCUACUGACAUUUUCACCAUGUCAAGCCAAGAAACUCUUGGCUCUUUUUCUUUGGAGUCACUGCCUGGUAGCAAGGACUACUUUGAUGCUGGUUUUAGGGAAGAUUAUAGAGAGAAGGACUGGCUGAAAGAAGACAAGAAAACUUACAGAGACAGCUCAAAGGACAGAGAUUAUACAAGUAGCAGGUACAGAUCUAGUAAGCAAGAUAGAAGAGGAAGCUUAGAUUAUGGGCUAAGGUAUGGACCAGUUCAUAAGUACUCUAACAGGGAUGACUACAGAAUUAAUGAUCAACUUUGACUGCGGUAAAGUCUUGCUUCCUUAUCAAGACUUAUGUGGCGAGAGUUUUGAUAUGUAAAACCUUUUCCAUACAUUACCACCUAAGCCUUGUGGCAGGUGAAAUGUGCAGUUGCUUGACCAUGAGUAGUAGCUUUUUUAUUCCUUAAAGUGCAUUUUGCACCCCACAUUGUGAAACGCAAUUGUCUGGAAAGCACUUUUUCAUGUUAACAAUGAUUUCUUUGUUUCUUAGGGGCAAUGAUUUGGAGAACGUGGACUCUAGAUUUAAAAAUGAUGACCGCGAAUUUAGUAAUGAGGUAGAUUUGGAUCGCAUUUUGUAUCAAAACAGAGAAUCACCUAACUAUGGAAGCUUGGGCAGUGAAAUUCUUAGAGACCUCUCAGUGACAGAGCUAGCAGGAUUGGCAGGCGAGAAGUUCAAAACUGGUUUUGAGCUUGGAAGACCAUUUUUUGGAUUUGACCGAGGUCAACAAAGAAACAAACCAGGUACAUUCGUAUGUACAGGUUAAUAGUUUGAAUUAAAUUAGUCUUAAGGCUAUAGCAACAGUAAUGAAUAUCUAGAGGGUCGGACAAUUAUUUAAACAAAAACCAGAUUUCAAGUCUGCAGUAUCGUAGUGAAACGUCACUGUGGCAUCCAGCUAAGUGUUCUGGAUGUGAAAAGUCUCUUCUCCAGGGUCGUUUCACUUUAUCAACCAUUGUCCUUAUUGCCGACUUCGUGAGACCUCUAAGAUACAGUGGGUUGUUUUAUCUUUAGUGUACUAUUCCUUAAACCACAGCCGUCACCAGCACUGGAUACCUAUUAAGAAGGACGUGGUAAACAUUUUGUGCUUAAGUAAUGUGACACAUGCAUGUAAUUUAGCACUUGCCUACAUAAUCCUCUUUUUCCCCUAAUAAACGAGUCUUUAUCAAUAGUUGUUUCUUCAAAAUGAAAAAAAGCUUUUUUCUAGGAAUGCUUCAAUCUAGGUAUUAUCAAGGGUUAAUCAGUUAGGUAGGGCACAGUAAGUAAGUUAAUUGUCCUCAUUUUUUUUACAGUUGAUCGGGCAACUUGCCUAUUUGUCAACUUGCCUUUCCAAUAUCCCGCUUUGUUGUUUACUCCUCAUUCUGAGAGCGUGCUGCUCUGAAGGUUUUAGCCUUCCAGUAGUUCACUAGCAGACCAAAGACCAAUGUCAUGUAGGAGAAUUGACUAGAAUUCUUUGAAACCGCGACUUCGAAGACAAGUAUACGAAAAUAAAUAAAUAAAGUUGCAUUUUUAUAUUGAUGCUGAAGUGUUAACCAGGCUUUAUUAUAUUAGGUUGGCAAGACCAGACAGCUGCGGGAGGAACUACUACAGACAGCAUUUGGAAUGAAUCUUCUGACUUGUUGCUUGAAGGACGAGGUAAAAGCUAUGGCAAAACCUACGGCGAUGAUGACUUUUUGCUGAACCGUGACAGAAAAGACCAUAAGGAAGACAAACCAUCAAGCUUUAAAACACAAAAGAGAGAUUCAUAUAGUAAAGAUAAUAAGAACGUUAACAGUGGGCAGAGAGGCAGUUUAGCACCAUUGCUUAAGCCCGCUAAAAGUGUCUCAUUAAACAAAACGUCUGGAGGCACUAGUUCAAAAUUGUCUGCCCCUUCAACCACCAAACCUGGGCCAAAACCCUUGUUUCCAUUAGGGUUUAUGCCGAGACAAGUCAAAGUGCCACAAGGUAAAAGUACUCAGAAAACGCCAUUAAAUAAAGGCAAUCAGUCGCCACCAUUGUUACCAAAGAAGAGCGGCUACUUUCCAAGACACACGGAGACGAAAUCAAGAUCGCGCAGCAGGAGUUCUGAGAGAGUUUUUGAGAAUAGCGACUUUGGAGCUAACACUGGCGCAAAGAGACAGGUGAAACCUCCCAGCAAAGGAAAAUUCACAACGCAGAAUUGGUCAAACCCGGGAGAUAAGAACAAGAAAAUAGAAGGAAAGGAAAACGCUAGUUUAAAAGCCCCUCAACUUUUGAGUGGCACCCGAGGAAGAGGAAACAUCUUGACCAAUAACCGUGGAAACCGUGGCAGAGGAGGAUUCCAACAGAAGCCUGGUGUAGGAAGGGCAGGUGCAGGGAUUGCUCAGAGAGGCAGAGGAAGAGGUGUUAGAGGUAAAGGUCCGAGCAAUAGAGGAAGAGGUGCUUCUAGGGGAAGAGGUUUGGCGGCACGUGGAAGAGGCAGAGGCGUAGCCCAACCUCCUGUUGGGGCAACAGUGAGAAAUAUCUUUCGGAGAAGUAAAUCACGCAGUCCCAGACAAGGAAAGCACAAAAGAUCCUCCAGGUCCUCUGGCAGUCCAAGGGGAAGUAGAAGCAGAAGAAGAGGUAGCAGAAGCCGAAGCCGAAGUCGAAGCAGUAGCUAUUGCAGUACUUGCAGCAGUGGUAGUUGUAGUACUUGUCAUAGCUGGCGCAGCAUAAGCGUUGACAGUCUUAAUGGAGAUCAAGACAAAAAGAGACGUGGUCACCAUAGAGGGAAGAGUGGCAGCAAGUAUAAUGUGGACAAAAAGUCUGAGAAGUCUUUGGAUAAGUUAAAAGACGAUAUAAAACAUAUGGAAAAGCAGCUAGAGCAGAAGGUCAAAGAUCACUCUGUUUCAAAACCAUUAGAAAAGCCAUUUGAUAGUAAACAAUCGAGCAACAAGACGAACGAAAAGAGGCUAUCAGAGACAAGAUUAUCAGAUAAGAAACCACCAGAAAAGAAAACAUUAGACAAGGCCCUCGUCGAUAAGAAGCCACCAGGCAAGAAUUCAGAUCAGAAGACGUCAAAAGAUGCCCUAAAAGGGAAAUCGGAUGUCAAAAUGACAAAGAGUGACCCAAAAGCAGGCUUCAAACAAACUAAAGGUGGAAAAUUAAAAGACCAGAAAGAAAGUGUGUUAGAUAAAGAGAAGAAACCUGAAAGACCAUUCGAUGACAGGAAAGACGUCAAAAGAAAGACUGACAAUUCCAGAGAAGUGAUUUUAAAAAGUGAUAAGCGCAAGGAGUCUCCUCUUUUCAUAAAGAAAGAGAAAGAAUCCCCUGCAAGAGAAGUGAAGAUCGUCAGUGAAAAGAAGAGCAAAGGUGACAAAGUCCUUGAUGAGUCUAGCUCGAAGAUGAAAGCGGGCUCGCUGAAAAUAACAAUCGAUCAACCUAAAUGGUUGAUUGACGCCAAAAAGAACAAAAAUAUCGAAAUUGAUCAGCCUAAAUGGUCGACUGAUACAAAACAGAGUAAAAAUAUGGAAGUAGAAGUUGAAAGGACUGUCGAUGUUAAGAAGAAGCCUUCCAAGUCCCCUCCUGGCAAGCAAAAGAAGAAGGACAAAGAAAAAGUGAAGUCGAAGAAGGCAAAGAAAAAGUCCAAGAAAAAGAAGUAUGACAGAGAUAGCGCUGAUUCCGGAGAUGAGUCAGUUUACAGUAGCAUUUCUGGACAAGAUGACUUCCCCUCUAGUAAUGAUGAAAAGUCCAAGUAUUUACAGCCCUACGAUCAAAGAAUCGUAGAAUUCUCUUCUGGAGCUUUUGAUGCCAAUAUGAUAACUGUGCAUUACGCUAAACGAAGUAAAAGUUCAACCCGUCCAGUCAGCCGAUCGUCAACCGAAGGAGAGACCUCAAAAAGUUCUCAAAGUAGGGCUAAUUUAAUCACCAUUCCUGUUUCCAAAGAGCCACCUUUGUUGCCAGAUGUUAGCCGUCCACGAAAAAGCAGCGGUGUUCCUCCUCCUUCUCAAGAGAAAGUGUUCGAUAACGAUAAUAGUGAUGCGCAUUACUCUGAGAUAUCGUAUACCGGAAAUGAAGCCAAUGUUGAUUAUGAAACAGCCGGGUUUGCUGGGGAGUUUCAGGGUGAACAGGACUAUGGUCGUUCGUACCAGGGCGACGAGGAUCUGGGGCAAGAGUGGGAACCAGGUCAUGGUGAAGAAGGUGAAUACUAUUAUGAAGAGAGAGGAGAGGGUGAAGGAUAUGAGCAGGAGUAUUACACCUAUCCUCAGGAGGGUGAGGUGGCUGGUGCUGGUGUCGUCCAAGAAGGAGAGAACUACCAAGAGUGGUAUGAGGGUGAAUAUGUGGAGGGAGGUACUGUGGAAGGUGAAACUGCAGGUGCCGAGUAUGAAGGAGAGUAUUAUCUUGCUGAGGACGGCUUGUAUUAUCCUGUUGAAGGCGAAGCUUAUGAGCAAUACCAAGGGGAGUAUGUUGAGGGUGGAGAGCAUCAUGAGGCGGAGGCAGUGCAGGGUGAGGCUGUUACUUAUGAUGAGUACGGUUAUCAGUAUACUGAAGAAGGUUACCAGUAUGUUGAAGAGGGUCAACAAUAUGCUGAAGAAGGAGCAGAGUGGCAGCAGUAUGGUGAAGAUGGUGCUGCCUACCAGUCUGGAGAAGGCUGGGGUCAGGGUGAGGUGGAAGGGCAGUGGGAAGAGUACCAGGAAGGAUACCCUGCUGAACAGUCAGAGUGGGGCCCUGAGUACACUCAAGGCAUUGAAUAUGAACGACAGGAGUAUCAAGUUGAAGGGGCUGAGACUCUGCCUCAGGAGGGUUAUGACGAUAGUGACGUGUAUGAGCAGAGCCAGUAUUACGCCGAGGGUUACCAACAACCUGAAGAGCCAAAUAGUGUUGAGCAGAGUUUUGAACCACAUUUACAAACGGAGCAUGAUCAGAUCCAAGAGACUUCGGCAAUAAAAGACAAUUCCGAAAAUGUGUCUGUAGUCCCGCCUAACGUCGGGGACAACAAAAAAGAGGCCAAACCGCUCAAGUCCAUUCUUAAGAAGGGCAACCAGGCAGAAAGCAAAGGCACAAAGUUAGUCAGUGAACGUCUUGCUCAAAUGAAGAAUCAGCCCGGAAGCAAAUUGGAGACGCCAGGACUCGGUAGUACUCCAGCUUCAUCUUCGCAAACAGCUGAGACAACAGGACAAAAUCCCAGGCAGGAGGAAGAAGCGAAAGCCCAAUCUGAAUCGGAUCGUUAUCGUGAAACCGAAAGAGAAAUUUUGUCCUCCCAACCCAAAGAUGCCAUCGGCACCGAGUUUAUUGUGCGAGUACACGGUACUGGGAUGUCCAGUUUCUAUUGCAAACUGUGUAAUUGUCGUUUCAAUACACUGACAGCCAAGAACUUGCACGUCAAAGGAAUGAAGCACAUAGAGCUGUAUAUCCGCUUAAAGUCCCAGCUCUUACAGUCUGUGAUAAAGGACACAAAAGUAGCUACCGCUAAGAGGCCUGCUGAAGAAGGUGCCUCUGGUGCGCAGAAAUUUCCUCGCAUACUUAACUAAAAAUGACAAGAACCUUUUUUAGCUUUAAACUUAAUAUUACCCUCUGUGAUAAAGUAUGCUACACUCGAUAUGUCACUAUUAUUAUCUGAUCGAGUUUACUUGGCAUUUAUUGUGACUGGCAUAUCUUGAAAGGCCUACAAUUUGGACAAAAGUCCAGGACUGGGAUUGGGACAGUACUGCAAUAUUUAUAUUUCUCUGUCAUUUCUCGGUUCCCUCUUAAAACGGUGCAUCCGUUUCGAAAAUUUCUCGCAGUUCUCCCUCCCCCCACCCAGUACAAAGUUGAAACUCGAAGAAAAAUUCUGCAUACACGCGUCCAACAUUGUUUGUGGGGAGGGGUUGGACCUGUGUGAAGUGGAAAACGCCCCAGAAAUGCAAAAGUGUCCUAAGACUUUUGUCCAUGAUUGUAGUUGCAAGCGUAACUAAACCAUUCAUCCGGACGUUUGGUGUAUUAUCCUCUUAGUAGAUAAGAAUAGUGACGUGUCAAGUCUAGUUUAUUGAGGGAUUAAGACGUUUUCGAAGGGAAGCCCAUGUUGACACUCACUUCCAUAUAAUCACCUCGGCUGUUGUCAAUAUUAUUUCCAGCUUCUUCCCCAACAAAUGAUGGGAUAAAAUUCAAAAAUCUGGUAAAAUUGGCUUUGGGCGAUAAUUGUGCCUUUUGAAAAUCUUACCUCUCUAGACUGGCCCACCUUAGUAGAACGUGUCGUUAUUUCAUUUCGUUUGGCCUUGAACAUGUAUAUUGUAUUUACGUUUUGUUGCUUGCUUUCCUUGUAUUUACGUAUAUUUACGUCAUCCUCGUAGACCCGUCCUGAGCGGCGUCGGGGCGAGAGAAUUCAAACCAAAACUUUGUCGUGCCGACUUUUGCUGAAGUCUUGAAUUCUUCCACCUGUUUCUCGGUCUCCGAUGGUGGAGAUGUAUUUAAGUGUGCAAAAUGUUUUCAGGGCAGCGUUUAUACGAAAGUUUCUUUGGAAGUGUAAUCUUCUGUAUUUUGAGAACACAGAUCUUUGAAUGGUAAAAUUCAAAUGACAUGAAUAAGUAGUAAACUUACAAGUACGUAGCCUCCCAGGCAGACGUUCUAAGGGCUUCGUCACGCGUUCAACGUCAUCAAUACAAAAAGUUCUCAGAGAAACUGCUGUUGUUCAUGAGUUAUCGGCGCCCUUCUCAAGUCGUGGAAUUUGUCACGAGGCUUCAGUCAAUUCAUCUGACAGUGUCUUGGUGCCCCGCUGAAAGUUCGAGACCGCGUUUCCUAUCAAGAGUCGGUGAAUUACUCCGGACUUUAAUGGCCACUCUUAUCCUUCUUCUUCGAUUAUCCUUGUACUGGGAUUGUUUUUCACUUGUAUCAGCUGAAGUCACGUGACCAAAUUCACUCGAGAAAGGGGCUGAGAUGGGGCUACAUGUAACUUGUUUCCCUUUGUAAUUUAUUGUGUAUAGGAACUCAAUUUUUUUCAUACAUUCAAACCUUUUACUUUUGAUUAACUUAUGUUUAAAAAUGUAAGAGUAUAAUCAGCUAUCAGUUCCUUGCUAACAUCAAAGACGUUUACAGUUUACCAUGUUCGUUUCUUCUCUUGCAAGAUA